AUGGGGAUUACCGGCUUGCUCCCUCUGCUCAAGUCAAUCCAGAAACCAUGCCACAUAAGGAAGUUUGCUGGCCAUGUUGUUGGCAUUGACGCGUACGGAUGGCUUCAUCGUGGGGCUCAUACCUGCGGCGUCAAGCUUGCUCUCGGCCAAUUCACUAUGCAGCACAUCGAGUUCUGUAUGAAGAGGGUACACAUGCUCAUACACUUUGGCAUUACGCCCUAUCUAGUGUUCGACGGCGACUAUUUACCGAGCAAAGCGGAGACCGAGAAAGAUCGAGCAAGCGCAAGGGCAGAAGCUAGAAGAAUCGGUACAGAUCUUCUCAAAGCGGGUAAAUCAUCAUUAGCUCACCAGGAGCUUGCGAAAGCUGUCGAUAUUACUCCCGAGGUGGCACUUUGUUUUAUCGAGGAAUUGAAGCGUGCAAAUGUGCAAUAUGUUGUUGCUCCAUACGAGGCCGACGCUCAGAUGGUAUACCUCGAGCAGAAGGGUAUUAUCCAGGCAAUUCUUUCUGAGGAUUCCGAUCUCCUAGUUUUUGGUGCCAAGACACUUCUCACCAAGCUGGACGCUUACGGAGAAUGUAUCAUGGUCAGGAGACAAGACUUCACCGCCUGUCGAGAAGUCAGUCUUGUUGGAUGGUCUGAUGCAGAGUUCAGACGUAUGGCUAUUCUGAGUGGCUGUGAUUACCUGAAAAACCCUGCCAGCAUGGGCCUUAAGACGGCAUACAGGCAUGUGCGGAAGUAUAAAACGAUUGAGCGUCUAGUUUCCGCCGCCAGGUUCGAUGGUAAGAUCAAGUUUCCGGCCGGAUACGAGACUUCAUUCGAACAAGCUGAGAGAACUUUCUUGUACCAGUGGGUGUACUGCCCAGAUGCUCAAGAACUCGUACAUUUGACGCCGCUGCCGGACAAUCUACAAGCUGGCGAUAUGCCCUACAUAGGGGCCUCCUUGGAACCAAAGACAGCACGAGGGAUCGCCCAGGGCAGACUGAAUCCCCACACCAAGCUGACAAUGAUAGUUCCGGAGAAGACCAAAGCUUCGCAAUCCGGUGAACGUCUUGUCGCCUCUAUCAAGAAGAGACUCAACUCAACGACUGGCAGCGAGAAUUCAUCCGAGAAUGAUGAUCCAAAGAAAGGGAAGCCUAUCGAUCAGUUCUUCAAGAAGCGGGUCCCCUUGGCUGAACUGGAUCCAAAUGUCUUCCGACCAAACCCUAGUCAACAGCGGCUGCUCGAAGACAACCCAGGACCUUUCACAGCUAACGCUGCGUCGCAGAUGAGCCUUGCCCAGGCCAUGCAGCCACGCCGACCUGCUCUUCGCAACGCAUCAGCCCCGCGUAGGUCAGCAUCCGAUACCACAAUGAAUGCAGGGCGCCACGCACCCAAAAGGCCAAGAUUAUGUGUCGGACCUGUUGUCAGCAGAGCCAAUGAGCAACCCACACUUGAAGACGCUGAUGAAAAAAGCCACUUCUUUGGACCCACCCUUACUGCUACACGCAAGCCAACGCGUGCAGUGAGCGGUGAGGGGAAAAAUAAAUCCUUCGACUUCAAUCUGUUCUCUGAUGACUCGGUUGAAGAUGCCAUGGCUGAGCUUCCCGACCUUGAACAUGACUUUGUGAAGCCUAGAAAGAAGAUGUCUGUACUAGCGGAUGUUCCUACCACUCCUGCGCUGUCGCAAAGAGACAGUCUCGACGGCGAUACAUCUCAGAUGACUGCAAUGACAAAUAUGACCGUCGAGUCGCAGAUUAGUACAGGCUGUCUGACACCUGCUACAUCUGUUGGAAGUUCACCGACCGACGACCUGUAUGAACCCUCAGUGUUCGACGACUCCAUACGCAAAAACCUCGGAGAUCUUCACUCAAGGUUUGCGCUUCAGUCAGCAAGGGACAUUGACUCGCCCACUUUGAGUAGGAAAAUGGUAAAGAACGCGACCGAGAGGAGAUUUGCUCGAACAUAUUCAGCCCCUGUUAAAUCCAAACGUUCCACAUCUCGUCCGAUACCCUUACCCCCGAUCUUUUCGAGCCAGCCUGAGCCAUCGUUAAAGACUGGAGAUGUAGCCUCUGUAUCUGACACACUACCGGGCGCUACAUCCGAAACUAUUGAUGACUAUCCAGAUAUCUCCGAUGCCGAAUGGAAAGAGACUGGGAACACCAUUGUUGUCCCAGGAAGUGAUGGUUUACGCUCACCAUCUCCUCCUGUGUCCAUCGAAGUAUCAACCUCUGUGGGCCGCAAACAAAACCUCAAGGGGAGCGAGGACAUGCUUGUGCCUGACAGUGGCGGCGAGUCUGAGCCAGACGAAGAUUUGACCGGCAAGUCUACCGGAGUCUCGUUCGAUCUCUCAAAGUUUGCUUUUCACGCAGGAAAAUAG